AUGAAAUCACUCUAAGGAGAUCCUGAAUUAAUACGAUGGUUAAAUAAGGAAAUCAAGCUUUAACCUGCAAUUCUAGAUAUUGAAAAACAAUUUCAGAAUUGGUUUUAUUUUUAAGAAGUGCUUUAUAAAACAGGAAAUCCUCUUAAGAAAAUCUUAACAAAUAAAUUUGAUGAAUAUUCAACUCAAAAGAAUAUGAAGAUAGUUAAAAAGCACAUUAUAAAUUUAGUCGGAAUUGAACCAAAGGUUGAAAAAGGUUAAUCAUAAAUUGAAGAGUAUUUGAAAGCAAUAAAAUCACAUUCUAAACCAAUUGUUGUAAAUUCGUUGCUUGCAAUUGCUCGUAAAGAAACAAAGGAUGUUUUGAAUGAAUUGACAAAAACAUUAAAAGUAACCGACAAAAAAUAAGUACAAUCCUUGGUGAACAAUUAUGAAGAGAAGUUUAUAAACUCAUUGCCGAAGAAAUUAAAGUCUAUUGAAGAGAGUUUGCACAGAUUUCGAGAUGAGAAACUCAUCCACGAGAUACAAGCAGUGAAUUUAAAAUAAAAGGACGAGGAGAAGGAGAGACAAUGGUUAUUAUCAUUGAGAGAUAAUGAAUUGGAAAAGAUUAGAGCAAAUCAUGAGUUUAUUAAAGAACAAGAUAAAAAGAUUUAUGAAUUCUGGAAGAAUACAGAAACAGUUAAACACAAUAGGAUUGAAAAAGAGACAAAGUUUAAUGAGAUGAUGACUGGAAGAAUGGUCGCUGAAGUUAAUUAAAAGAAAAAGGAUGAUCAAAAGGCUAUGGAUAAUAACAUAUAUUUAUUUUUGUAAACUUGUAUCAGAUAAGGAAUUGAAAUAGAAAAGGAUCCUUCCAAAAAACCCGUACCUGAAAAGGCUAAGUUUUCUGCUGUUGCAACUAUGAUGAAGAUAAGGGAAAGGACACAUAAAACUGAAGAGGCCAGAAAAGCGAGGUAGAAACGAAGGAAUAAGAUGUUGGUUGAAUAAUUAAAAUAAUAAGAAUUAGUGGAAGCAAAGAAAAGAUUGGAUGAAUUGGUUGAUAAAUUUUCAGAGUAUGGAAAAAUAGCUAAUUAGGAAGCAGGUCUCAGAUUGAAGGAAAAAUUGAGAGGGAAAUUAUAAUUCAAUGAGAGAAUAUAGAUGUCUCAGGUAUUGCAAGAAUAAAAAGAAAUGUUUUUUGAAUAAUUAAGAAAAGAAGCUAAAGCAAGGGAGUAAGAAGUUAGAUUGUAGAGGUAAAAAGAGUGGAGAAUACUUUAAGUUUAAUAUAUGGAAUAGAAUUAUAAUAGAAAAGUGUAAAAGAGAAUGAAACAUAUUUAAUAAAUGCAACCAUUAAUAUUGACCAUCUUGGAUUUGGCAGACAAAUGCUAUCUAAAGAUGAAUGAGAAUGUCGAAGAAAAUGGUAAGCCUUUAACAUUAGAUAAGAAGGUUUGGAAUAAAUUUAUUGAGGAAUGGCAAAAUGAAUUGUCAUAAGUAAAGCCACUCAAUGAUAACAUUGCUGCAGCAAUUACUUAAGAUUUUGUUGAAUAUUAUCAUGCAAUCAAAGAUUGGAAGUCAACCUCAAAUGAUGGUUAACUAAUGGCAAAUAUAUCACUUGCUGAAUUUCUAUUUGAGAUAACAGAUGAAUUGUAUCCAAUGCAACCAUUAAAAGAGGGUAUCAACUACUAUCUACCACUUAAAAUAUCAUUGAUUGGAGGUAAAUUCAGUGGUAGGAAGACUACAGCAAAAUACUUAAAUUAAAAAUAUGGUUUGGAAAUUAUUGAUAUAGAAUCUAUUAUUAAAGAGUCGUUGAAACUCGCCUUUCCUCCUGUCGAAGAUCCAAAGAAAAAGAAAGAUACAAAAAAGGUGAUUGAAGUUCCUGUGGUAGAAAACCCAGAAUUAAAAGAAUAUGGCUUAUAAAUUAAUGAAUAUAAGGAUUCAGUUAUUCCUGAUGAAUUAUUAUUAAAAGGAAUACUUAUUAAAUUGAAUUAGACAUUUGGUUAGAGAACCCCUCUAUAAGUUGCAUAAGAAAUCAAAGAAGCUAAAGAAUUACAACUUAAAAAAGAACAAUAACCUGUCGUUGAGGAAGUUAAAAAAACUUCUAAAAAACCUGGCAAAAAGGAUGCACCCUAGAAUACUGGACCUACUUAAGAAGAUCUAAUCAAAGAAUAUAUUAAUUCUAAGCAAUUUUAUUAUACUAAAGGGAUGGUUUUGAUUGGAUUUCCAGAAAAUGUUAGUUAGGCUAAAAUGUUGGAAGAGUAAUUGACAGGCUUUAUACCAUAUGAAGAAAGGUUGAAUUAAAUAGCUGAGGAAAAGAAAAAGAAGUUUCAAGAAUUGUUGGACAUCCCUACACAAGAAGAAUCCAAUAAAAUAUAAUAAGCAGGAAUAGAUUUAAUAAUUAAUCUAGAUACUCCAUUUGAACAAAGAGUGUAAAGAAUGUAGAAUAGAAGAAUAGACCCACUUACAGAGAUAGUCUACAAUUUAGAGGAAAGUCCACCUCCUCCUGAGAUCAAACUAGAUAAGCUCCUAAAAAUAGAGAGUGAAACAGAAGAAAAAUUAUAGAAGGAGUUUCAAUAAUUUAAUGAUAAUUUAUCUGGACUAAUAGAAUGGUGUGAACAAUUUGGAUUCGAGGAAGAUUUCAAAUAAUUGCAUCAUGCCAAGAUAGCAGGCAAAGGAUUUGAAGUUGCAAAAUCUAUUGAUGGACUAAUUAACAAAGUGCUUACUCAUAAUAGUGAGUAUUUAAAUCAAAUAGCUGAAGAAAUAUUGGCAAAUGAAUUACAAUAAUAAGAAUAACAAUCUUAAUAAUAAUAAGGUUUAGAAAAUUCAGAUUUGGGGAAAGUGGAAGAGUAGAAUCCAGAAUAAUAGGCAUAACUAUAAUAAGAUAAACAGAGUCUCCUUGAUGCCAAAUAAUCAACAGAAAGAGGAAGAUCUCAAUUAGCAUCACGAUAAAAGGAUGCUCAAAGUGAAUUUUUGAAUUAAGAUUAGCUUAAAGGAAUUUUAAAGUAAUGGGAUGAAAUUUCGAAUACUUACAUUAGAGAAACUACCAUCUACAUUAGGAGAAUGAGUCAUUAAAGGAAGAAGUGCUAAUAAAUAUUUUUAUAAACUCAAAAAACCUUUAUUGAAUUCUUUGAAAGUCCUGAUAACAAAUUAAAAUUAAUGCAUGAAUUUUAAUAAAGUUAUAACAAAUUCCUUUAAGAAAAUGACGAUCUAUCCAAAUAAAAAAAUGCAAAGCAAUAAUUAAAAGAUCACUUAUAAAAAACCUAUGAAUAAUUAUGGGACAUUUUAAAUUAAAAGAAAAAUUAAGCCUUAGAUUUUGUGAAAAAAUUGAAGAAGGAUAGAUUUGUUGCUAUUUAAAUUUAAUAAUUUAUGUAACAUGUACUAAUGCUCCUGCAAACAGAAACAAAUUUAUUAACAGAAAUCUAAUUAUUAGGAAAACCAUGGAGUGAACAUUUUAUUCUUGAACCACCUCAAUCCUAAUUGAUUGAUGGGUACAAGUUUCCUCAAUUGGAAGUGCUUAUUUCUUAUUAUAAUGAUUGUCUCGAUAAAAUUACUUAAGGUGAAGAAUCUUUAAUUAUUAAAAUCUAAAAAGAAAUCGCAUACAAGAGAGGUCAAAUCAUCAGGAGUGUAGCUUAUAGCAAAAUGACUGAAAUGCUACUGAUGGAAGAUAUCCUUUAUUCAAGAAUUGAUGAUUGGAUUAUUUGUGGCAUUAAGAAUGAAAAUGACUUUUGUUUUGAAUCAAUCAACUAUCUAAAACAAUAAAUUGAAAAUAGAUAACCUGCCAUACUUACAAUACCAGAGCCUAGUCCCAUAUCAGAAGCCUUUAAAAUGGUUUACAUGUAAUAGCACUUAAUUCCUGAAUCUGAAAGAUGGAGAUAGGCUAUCCAAUUCUAUGAGGAAGUUAAAUCGCUAAGUGAUUCUGCAUGGAUUCCUCUAGAUAUUUUUGAGUCCUUCCAAAAGAGAAGAACUAAAUUCUUAUCAUAAUUUAAAUUGAAUAUCAAUAAGAUAGCCCAUUUGGGCUGUUAUCCAAAUGUUAGAUUUAGUUAUCAAACUCUACUCAUUACUCUGAUAUUAUAUGAAUGCAGAGUGCCAACCUAAGAAGAAAUUUAAUAAUUAGUCUCAGAUAUUUAAUCUGUAGAGCCAGAUGAUUAGAGAGAUUAUUGGAUAGAAUAUUAAUUUUGGUUUGAUGAUAACUUUGUAGAUUAAGACUUCAAUUUAAAAAUUUAUGUUAAGAAUUUCCUUUUUAAUGUAUUGCAAUCCCAAGAUUUAGCUGUUUCUGUAAAAGAGAAUUUUGGAUAUUUUAAAUAAUUUGAAAAUUAACUAUUUUAAUCUAUUUUUGAUGAAGAAAUAAUUGAAGAAGGUAAAAAUUCUAAUUCUAAGAGAAAAUUAAAUGAUUGA